GACUCAGUUCACACUCACAGUAGUGAUAAACAAUACCCCCUCAGUUCGGUAUAAACAAAUACAAUGUCAAAUUGACAACUCAAAGCUUUAUCACCACCUCUUCAAAGUCCAACCCCUUCACUUCAACCUAAUCCACACGCAUCCGGAGCUUCAGUUUCUUGGUUUCACCGAUCAAAGAGUUUGAAUCAAAUCUCAAAACCAUGCCAUCAUCAUCAUCAGCGCCAAUUCCACAAUCAAAAACCGAUCUUGAAACAGUUUUAUCAAGAGCACGUCCAUUUCUCCGAGGUGAAUAUGAAUCCAUAGACCCAAACCUCCCAACUCUACUAUCAGUCCUCCGCUCCGUUGGUGCAUCUGAGUGCUGGCACAAACACGGCAGUUUUUAUGAUCAUCUUGUUGAUAUGUACAGGAUUUUGAAAAUAUGGAACACGCCAGAAUCAGUCUGUCUUUGUGGUUUGUUCCAUUCUGCUUACUCAAACUCUUAUGUUAAUCUCGCGAUUUUUGAUCCUUCAACUGGACGUGAAACGGUACGUGAUCAUGUUGGUGAAGCAGCUGAGCGUUUAAUCCAUCUGUUUUGUAUUGUCCCACGACAAACUCUUAUUCAUGAUGAUUUGUUAUUCCAUUAUAGUGAUCAAGAGCUUGUUGAACAUCUUAAAUUAUCUGAAUUAUCAGUGAAAAAUGCUAAGGAAUUGGGUUUGUUUAAUCCAGAUGAAGUUUGGAGAAAGAAAUUGAAUUCUAUACUUCCUUGUGAUGGUAUUUCAGUCAAGCAUAUAAAAAGUGGUGAUGAAUUUAUGGUUUCAAGAAGGGUAAUUGCGAUUUUUGUUUUAAUGACUAUGGCUGAUUUUAGUGAUCAAUUGUUUGGUUUUCAAGAUAUUUUAUUUGAUAAUGAUAACGGUAGGCUUGAAUUCACUGGUAAUAAUUUUACUUCACUUUGGCCUGGGAAUGGAAAACCAGGACUUUGGAUGAAUUCAAUAUCAAGAAUGGGUGCACUUUACUCACUAUUAGUUAGAGAAGAAGAGAUUUUCAUUGAAGAGAAGAAAAGGGUUAGUGGGAAUUUGUCAAUGAAUGAAGGUAGAGAUGAAGAGAUUGACUUAGUAAUCCCACCUGUUUUUGAGCAUUGCACUAAGGUUUUGGAUGCUGGGGAUCAGAUAAUUGCUAGAGAUUUGUACUGGGAAGCAGUUUGUGAUGGAAAUGCUAAAGGGUUGGAAAAAGCUGAGGAACUGUUAUUGAAGAGUAUUGAGGGAAACCCAUUUGUUGGUGAACCUCAUAUUGUUUUAGGCCAGAUUUAUUUGAUUACAGGAAGGUUUGAAGAAGGUGAAAAGGAGGCUGAAAUGGGUUUGAAGCUUUUGUUGGAAUGGGGUAGUCCUUGGGACAAGAGGAUGUCUUGGGAAGGAUGGAUUGCUUGGUCAAGAGUGUUGGUCAUGAAAGCUAAGGAGAAAUCUUGGCCUCAAACAUCUUUUGGUAUUCUUAAUCUAGGACUUGUUAAGUAAACAAAAAAAAAAGUUUCUAAGUUUUUCAUUUUCCACUUUGUUUAGAUAAUUUUUAUGAUGCAUAUUUAUCCUUGUCUACUUGGUAUGAUCUUGUUUUCACCAAGUAUUGUUGAAGCUUUGAGCCAGCUCUAACCCUGUGUAACUGUUUAAGAUUUGAAUAAGAAAUGCAUCUUCUAUCACAC